CAAAACAAAACGGUGAAAUAAGCCAGGCCCCUCUCACAAGCGCAUCCUUUACCCCCACCUGGCGGUCGACGGUGGUUACUGCAGACAAAGAUGGCGGCCCCCAUCAGGACGUUGUGCUGUGCGGUGUUGAGGAACUCCAGCAGGCGGUUCAGCACCACACUCGGAGCACAGGGUGGAGAGAAAUGGAGGAAAGAACACGGACUUCCUCGAAGCGGCACAGAAUACGGACCCCUGACAGACCUGCCUGACUGGUCGUUUGCAGAUGGAAGAGCAGCACCACCAAUGAAGGGCCAGUUGAGAAGGAAGCAAGAGAGAGAAGUUAUAGCAAGACGAAUCGUGAUGCUGAACGCGGAGAUGGACGGAGGAAUGGACAGGUGGAAGGAAAAACAGGACGAGGCCAAAAGACUGGAGGAGCACAAAGAGUCUCUCUUGUUCAAACCCAAAGGGAAGUUACUGCUGAAGAAGAAGAAACCUCAAAGUCAAGAACCAUAGUCACGUUGUGAUAUCGUCCCUCUAACCAAUACCUUGAUGUUCAGCCUUGUUGCAUAUAUUUAUAUAUAAGAUGUGUGGGUUUUUGCCUGCUUUAUAAUUUUUUGAUUUUUUUCCACUAGACGUGGAUUCCUGAAAUAAAUGAUUUCAUAAUUUGAA